AUGGCUCACUAUGCCAAUCGCUCGUGGCAGGACUCCCUUGCUGCGUGUGCAGCUGACCAGACGCCCCCGCACUCUCCUACGAACCUCGCUUCUGCAACGCCGCGGCCGGUGCGCGGCCCCAACACCCCAGUCGGCUUCUGCCCGCCCAUGGACCUGGUGGCUUUUGCGAGGGCGCUAGACCUUCGUUUCAUGGCUCUCGAGUCUUGCUUGGAGAGCAAGAUCCCAACCUGUGUGCUUAUGCGCUGCAUGGAUGCGCCUAACGGCGGCGACGGAUUUGACGAUGCCGAGGAAGCGCCGUGGGCAAUGGCGUUCGACCUCAGCUGCCAUCCAGGCGCUACUCCCGCGCCAGCUUUCGCCUCGCCCUUCACUUCAUCAGGCGAAUCCACCCCCGACGUACUGCCGUCAACAGUGGUGAACGGAACAUUCUACCCGGCCGAUGACCGACGUCACUGCCAUCGGAGUCAGGACGCGUCUGCAUCCGCGCCAGCGAACAGCUCGCAUGAGCGUGGCUCUGUUGGGCGGGCUUUUGAGGUUGCAGCUGCAGGCGGCCGGGAAAACCCAUUCCGCGUCGAAGGCGCGCGGAGGGACAGCUCGGAGAGAAACCGCAGGAGUCGCGAUGCUCUCAAGCGCCGGCCUGCGCCCGGGCCCGCCGCCGCUGUCGAAGCAGCUGUAGGAGAUGGGGCUGUGACGGGGGCGUUCCGCUCUGCCUACGCGGCCAAGAAGGCAGCACAGAAGGCUCGUCAGCGCGAACGUCGGCGAUCUGUAUCUCCUCAACAAACCCAUGGCGCACCUGGGCAACAGGGAGCUGGAAAGAAUACCGAGAAGAACCGAGCCAAGCGCCUGCGGUCCCGUAGCAGCGAGAAGGGCGAGUGCAGAGGCCGAGGCCGUAAGCGACGCCGCAACCCAAUGCCAACCCCCUCUGAAGACGAUCUUGCACAAUCUGCCGUGUGCGUCGACCCUUCUUCGGGCGCAGGUGGUGGUGGCUCGGUGCCUUCUAGCAUCCCGCCCGGUUCAAGAAAGAAGACGCGCCGCAACCCUCACCAUCACAAUAGCUACGCGGACAAGCGCGGGCGCCCUGGCUACCGCGACCUGCAUGCUCAGCAGUCUGCGCACAGGCGGCGCGAGGCAAGGGAGCGCUUGCGCAUGCAAGGGGGGGUAUGGGGCAGCCUGCACGGAUCCGACUACGAACGCGCGAAGAAGGCUUGCCGCGUGAUCGCGCUGGACCGAGACGGCAACAUCGUGCUCUCCCACUGUCGCAACGGCUUCACCGGAAAUAAGCAUCGCGACGGUCGCAGGGCAGACAUUGACGAUAUGCGCUCUGUGGAGGAGCUGGACGCCGCUGAUUUUUGGGGUAUAAAAUGGGACGGCGACCUCACCUAUCUAUUCCUUGACGUCCACGACGUUAUCAUCGUGGCAGCAAUUUCGAAACCGGCCGAUGAUGACGCGCGUCCGGCCGAGGAGCGGUUCAGCGCUCUGCUGGACAGGGUGCGAUGCCUAUUCGAAGCUGAGCGUAUAGCGCACGCCGACGAUUUCCAGGGGAAGCACGCCGGUAGCGAUCGGGGUCCCUUUCCAGCAGUGAACUUCGGCACGACGAUGGGCAUGGGCCAAUCUGAGCCGAAGGAGCGUGGUUUCGAGCGCGCCGGUCACGAAGCAAUCGCCCGACAUAUCAUGGAAGAUGAGGAUGUUCAGCGCCUUGCAAAGUUCGGCAGUGAAUGCUUCGCGAAAUACUUCCCUCUACCGUACUAUCAUCUUCGGCGAGCUAUGCAGAAGUUGGCCACGCACGACUCACAAAUAGCGCCUGUUUUCUCAGGCUCGGUAUACCCCGCCGCCUGUGCGAAUCUCGGUCCCCGUACGUGCUGCCGAUGGCAUCACGAUAUCAACAACUACCCGGGUGUACCGUGCUGGAUUCUGGCGCUCGGGGAUUAUGACCACAGGCUCGGCGGCCAUCUAGUCCUACCUCAGCUAGGGAUUUACAUCGAGUUCCCUCCUGGCGCCUCCGUUCUUCUAUCCUCGGCCGGGAUCAAGCACGGGAACACCGUAGUCCAAGAGCACGAGACGCGCUAUAGCUUUACACAGUAUUGCCCAGGGGGUCUCAUGCGCUGGGUUGCCUACGGAUUCAGACUUGGAAAGGAGCUGUCGGACGCUGAGAAGUUGCGGUUGGAGGAACGUGCUGGCGAAACUUGGAAGCAGCAGCUAGGUCGAUUCUCGACCCCGGCAAGCUUAGCCCGCGAUCGGCGCUGGGUUCGUCGACAGGAGAAGCGGGAGAUUAUAGGGCUCUCUUAA